AUGCUCACCCCACCGUACAACUUCUCCAUUGUGGCCGCUCCCAUAGCACCCGACGGCGAGCGUGCCCAAAUCCUCUACCGUGGUAGUAUCCCCGCCGCGCGUAACGCCUCGUUCCUCCGCCGCCUCGGCAUUCGCACCCUUGUCUACCUCCGCAAGAAGGAGUACAAGGAAGACGAUCCACUAGUCGUGUGGGCCGGCAAGCAAGGCAUCGACCUGCGAUGGGUAAAGGCCGAGAAGAUGGAAGAAGAGACGCUUGGCAUGGAGCCCGAGCACGUCACUGACGUUCUCAAGAUCCUUCUCAACCCUGUCGCAUAUCCGAUUUACCUCGCCGACGCCGACGGUAUCUCGCACACCACGUUGGUAGUGGCAUGCCUGCGGAAGCUGCAGGGCUGGCACUCGGAAUGCAUCGUCAACGAGAUCUACCGCUUCGAGCCAGACCACGACGACCUCCCACUUGUGCCGUUCAUUACGUCGUACCUCUCCACUUCGGCACCAUCCAAGGAUGAUAGUGGCGCGCUCGCCCUUCCUCCACCACCGUACCCGACAUGGUUGUGGCCCCAGCCUGCAACGAUCCCAACGGGCUCGAGAUCCGCGUCCAUUGUCACAGGGCGAUCGGAGCGCGCACUCUCGAGUGUUUCUAACGCCUCCAACACGUCCGGCAGCCUUCCGUUCCCCAACCCACUCACGGUGCGGCGCCAUCCGUCUAUGCGCCUCGGCUUCAGCAACGUCCCAGCGCAGCUGCCUGACAAGGCGCCGGGGCUGUGGCGCGAGCGCUCAAACACGGCUGCUUCGCGCGCCGUCAGUGAUAAACCACGCACCACGAGCCAAGGGAACACAUUCAACUCACGCUCCGACUCAGGAGACGCAGAGGACCGACUGCGCAUGCCGCACCACGUAUCGUUCAGCGAGAAUGUGCCGUCGGGCAUAUUAACGAGGUCGCCGGCGGUCCUGCCGAGCAACCUGCGCCACUCUAACGAACUGGGAGAGGAAGAGGCAUCCGAGGCCACGGAGGAUACAGCGAGGUUGAGAAGUACCGGUCUAACGGUCAGUGAUGGCGACGUUGGGGACGACUAUGCGUUAGACGACGCAGAGGACGAGUCCAUCGAUGACGACGGGGAUUAUGACGAGGAGUAUGAGGACGAAGACGAGGACGAGGACGAUGAAGAUGAGGAAGAUGAUGAGGAAGAAGAUGAGCCGCCUGUGUCGCAGUACAUCAGCGCGCUCGAUCUGGCGGGGAUGUGA